UUGACGGUUCCUCACAGAUAUCGUCUCGAAGUUAAUCGUGUGCCUGCAGGCAACUGGGUUCUCAUUGAAGGUGUGGAUCAGGCAAUCGUAAAGACAUCGACGAUUGUCUCUCCUCACGCAGAGGGCGUCUUCAUUUUCCGACCGCUCUCCUUCAACACCAUCUCCGUUGUAAAAAUCUCUGUAGAGCCGGCCAAUCCCUCAGAACUUCCCAAGAUGCUGGAUGGCCUGAGGAAGGUCAACAAGAGCUACCCACUACUUACUACAAAGGUAGAGGAGUCCGGCGAACGUAUAAUUAGGGCCACGGGCGAGCUCUACCUCGACUGUGUCAUGCACGAUCUCCGCAAGAUGUACUCAGACAUUGGUAUGUUUACACGCACUGUCUACGUUAUAAAGAACAAACUCACCAUGAUUGCGGAACCCCUGGAUAAGGGUCUGGCCGAGGACAUUGAGAACAAAGUGGUACGGAUAGACUGGCCGAAAAAGCGACUUGGUGAAUUCUUCCUCAAGAAAUACGAAUGGGACUUUUUGGCCGCUCGUUCUGUUUGGGCCUUUGGUCCUGAUGCCACCGGGCCCAAUAUCUUGGUCGAUGACACGCUUCCCUCAGAAGUGGACAAGGCCCUUCUGGGCUCAGUAAGAGACUAUAUUGUGCAGGGCUUCCAAUGGGGAACGCGUGAAGGUCCUCUCUGCGACGAGCCUAUCAGAAAUGUCAAAUUCAAGAUUCUGGACUCCCUGAUCGCCCCCGAAGCCCACCAACGUGGCUCCGGACAGAUUAUCCCCACGGCUCGUCGGGUGGCUUAUUCUGCAUUUCUCAUGGCUACACCGCGGUUGAUGGAACCCUAUUAUUAUGUGGAAGUGCAGGCACCAGCAGACUGUGUGCCCGCCGUGUAUACUGUUGUCACUCGUCGUCGUGGCCACGUAACUCAAGACGCUCCAAUUUCGGGCUCUCCGCUCUACAUUCUCAAAGCUUUCUUGCCGGUCAUUGACUCUUUUGGCUUUGAGACCGACCUUCGCACACACUCCCAAGGACAGGCAUUCUGUCUGUCUGUCUUUCAUCACUGGCAGAUGGUGACGGGCGAUCCACUGGACCGCUCUAUCCAAAUUGAACCUCUAAUAGCUCAGCCUGCAACACAUUUAGCCAGAGAAUUUAUGAUCAAGACUCGAAGGAGAAAGGGUCUCAAUGAGGAUGUGAGCAUCAACAAGUUCUUCGACGAUCCUAUGCUACUGGAAUUGGCCAAGCAGGAUGUCAUGUUGAACUACGCCUUGUAG